CACCGCAAUCAACACUAACCAACCAAUCAAGCAUUAUUAUCGUCAUUUUUAUUGGUCAUUAUAAUCAUCAUGUUCAAUGCUAGCCUUUGCUCAUUAUGAUCCUCGAUAUCAUUAUAAUAAUCAUGAUCGUUAUAAUCACUUUACAACCGUUUUUGUCUCUUUAAAGGUUCUUUCGCGACCAGCAUGCUUUGCGACUAUACUUUCAAAACCGGCCUAAUAUAGUACUGCAUGAAAAUACAAAACACAAUAAAUUUCUCCUCAGGACAGCUGCCGCUAUGCAUGUCGGUUGCGCAAGUGCCUUUAACAUCAACCAAUCAAUUAAACAUCAAAAUCAUAUCAUAAUAGUAAUCAUAAUUAGCCAUCAUCAGCGUAAACUGAUUUAAAAUGCUUCAUAAUCGUAUUCUUAAUAAUGGUCUCCAUUAUCAGAGUACAAGCUCAUGUUUACCCAACAACAAACAAACUAAAAACAUUGUAAUUCAUCCCUAAAUCGCGUCAUUUCUAAAUAUGACUCAGUACUUUCCGCAAUAAAAUUUCACAACCUAAGUGUUUGUUUCCCCGCCAGCGAUUACGAAAACUGACACAUAAGAAGUGAAAUUUAAUGUUUCACGAAAAAGUGCCAUAGCAAUAAAAUAACUGGCUGAAACAUUGAUCAUACAUAUAUUACUCUGUACUCUGACGUGGCACUAAGCUUUUAUCGGACUGAAGCUGACGCCCAGCUAAUUCGACUGAUAGAUAGAAAGAUCUCCAAAGUCAAACUGCCGAAAAAAGAUAUGAUUACAUUAUGCCAUCAGAUAUGGUAAGAGCAAAAUUCAAGUCUUUGUUAAUAGUUUAUUAGUCUUUAUUGGUCCUUCAAGAUAUUGGGGUGUUUAAUUGCAAAUUUUAUGUAAAGCAUAUACGAAUUUUGUUUCAUAGGAGACCGUCUAAAAGAAACCGAGCACAAAGAUGACCAGACAAUUGAAAAUUGCUAAAAAAUCCUUCUUCUCAAGAUAGAAUCGAGAUUAUUCAGUAGAAUAAUCUCGAUUCUGUCUUGACGAUAAGAGCCUUUGCAAUUUCAAAUUAAUCUUAUAGAACACUUUUAUAUUUCUAAAAGGUAGUUCUUUAGCCUUUUGUAUCCCAAAACAUUUACGAAAAAUUAAGUACUAAGCGCAACAAAUAAUUAUAAAAACUGAAUAUUAAUCCUAAGCUAAGUUUUUUAUGAAAAACAGUAUGUAUUUCAUAACCAAAGAUGUUUUCUUUCCUUAGACUUACAGAUAUAUUUCGUCAUUAAUCCAUAUUUUCACGAAAGAUAGAUGGUAUACGAGGCUUAAAGUGUAGACAUCAAGAGAAACUAAAAAUUUUCUGGUCUACUGAGGGAGGAGAGGGAAAUUUGUUAAGAAAUCAGGAUAACUUAAUCCAUUCAUUCUUGAGCAGCUAAAUUUAUGUUGUCAAAAAGUUUAAGAGAGCGAGUGGAGCCCAAGAAAGCAGAAUAUUUAUACUUAUAUGAUGUGUCAAGGUUUUUUGUGGGUCAAGCUGUUUUCUAGGCGGACCAUUCAUCUCCUCAAAACCUAGUGGAUUGCCAAAACCGUAGUUUCAAACAUAAUUUGUAUUGGCGUGGCUUUUGGCUACCACGAAGUCACACUUUGUUUCAAUGUCAGAUCGUACCCUUGAAAUUUUGAUUCCUAGAGUUUCAAACCAGAAAAAAAUUACAGUUUGGGCAAAUCAUGACCGGUACUGUGUCAACAGAGACAAUUUGAACCGGGAUGAUUUUUAAAACCGGACAAUUUUUGAUCCGCGCAAUUCAUAAUCCGGACAAUUUUGCGCCUAGGAAAUAUCUAACUCAGGCAAUUUUAAACCCGGCCAACAAGAAAUUAAACGUUCAUAUGUAUUCAAGGCAAUUCCUUUAAACCGUCAAUUAUAACUUUCUUAAACAAACUGACACGACCGUUCAAAGAAAACAUUUCAAAAGCGACAAAUGUCAAAGAAACAAAGACAGUGAUUUCUAAGGGCUGAUUUCACAAGAAUGAGUACCUGCAAAUGCAUUUCGAUUACAAUAAAAUUGUUUUGAAAACAACGUCUCCCGCCAUGAAUUUUGAACUGAUUGUAAGUCACGUGAUUAAUGACUUAUCACGUGACUUUAUCCGAGCACCUGUCGUCUUCAUGGCAACGCAACCCCUCAUUAUCCAUUAAAAAGCUUGGGUAUUCAACAAGCAUACAUGUUUUAUGAGAAAUUCACGAUUUAUGGCUGUGAUAUAUGGCAUAGCUUAUUAAUAGUGAAAUAAAGACUGGUUGUAUAUGUGCUCUCUGGUGUGUAGAAUCUCGUAGGUAUGGCAUUGGUGCAAAGAAAUGCGAGGUAUCAGAAUUCAGUUGAGAAGCGAACUUCGGUAACUCGAUCUUCACGAUCCGAGCGUUCGUCUAAGGGCGCACACUACUCAAAGAACGAGCAGGCAGGUUUCGAACAGGACGCAAAUAACAAUUUCGCGUCGUCGAAAUCUGUCGAAUCUGCCUCGUAUUCACAAACACAAACAAGUAGCUCAACCAAAAGGAGGUCAUCCAUACCCGUGAGACAGAGAGGAGAAAGCCCUACCAAAGAUUCUGCUGAGUCGCCAAAAAAGCUCAACGAAAGUUCGGGAUUAGAGCGGAACGCUUCAAACGAGGAAGACGAGGAAACUCCGAAGUUACAAAGGAAAGCUAAAAAGCGUCUCGUGAGAAAGGUCAAGCGACGAAAUAACGCUGUUGUUGGGCAAGAAGAAGAAAAUCAAAAUACUGGAAAAGAAAGUGUUAGAAAUAGGAAAGAUUUGUCACCAGAAAGAUCAGACGGAAGUAGCGUCAGUGAAGACGAGUUCUUGGAAAAAGAAUCACCACAGGGAUACGGCAGUCCUAGUAUUUCUAUCCAGCGAAAUCCAGUGAUAACUGUAGACAGACCGAAACCGAUAAAGAUUACAUAUAGGCCGGUAUCAAAGGAAGACGAAAAUCAAGCAGACGAGCCGAGAAAUCGCAGGCGACCGAGGGAAGAGAGACCAAAGACAUUACCAGUUACUUUGGUCGUUAAAAGACCGGAGUUACCGGAAAAUACCGCCGAAUAUUCUCAAGGUUCGGACGAGGAAGAUACUUUGACGUCAGGUGGCGAAAAUUCAGAGGCCGAUCAACAGCGAACAUCUAUUCGCAUAGUUUCGUCUGCGAAGUCGUCAGAUACCGAAGAUUCUUCAAGAAAGCUUCGGAUUGAGGCGAAAUCGACUAAAAGAGCCGCAAGUAAAGAGACUGUUAAUAGCAACACUGAAGAUUUGCAUACUGUUGAAAAGAAUAAACAAACACGUGCUGAGGAAAUCUACAACAGAAAAACCCGGAGGAUAAUCAAACGAGAACCCUGGGGAAAAUCAGCGGUUAAGGAAGAUCAGGUUACCGCUCAAAACGUAGAUCGGUCGGAAAGUAUCCCGGUAAAACACCUACAAACAUUACCGAGAAAUUUCAAGACCGUCCGAGUACCAAUACAAACACAACCGGUUUCGCCCGAAAAUAAGCAAGUAGAGGGCAAACAGAAUUCGUUGAAACCGAAGCCUAAUCAAUUGCGAAGAGCCUCAGAAGGUUCGUUGGUUAGCAGAUCGGACAAUCAGAGUGAUACAGGCCAAUCUAUCUCGGGUGCAUCAGUACCUUCAUACGACGCUUCACCGACAGGACAAAAGUCUGCCCACCAGUGUCGCCGAGGUUGCACACACGUCGUUGACGAUACCGAAGACGGGCCGAGAAUCGUACGUCGCUCUAGAGAUAAGCGUCGCCAGUCGAAUCCGAACCAAAUCUUAGGCCGGACCGAGAUUCUAGAUUCCAGAAAAAGUCGACCGAAGUCAGAAAUACUUAGAAGUGAAUCUUUACCAAGAUCAGCCGGACGACCAAGGAUCAAAUCGACUGGAUUUGAAGAAUUCGUAGAAAUCCACGACUUUGAUACGUUUAAUCGCAACAAAACGAGAACAUUACCGAACAGAAAGAAACGAGUUACGUACCACGAGGAUACGAAAGAUAACGCAGCCUUUAGCGAAACUGAGGUUGUGAAAGAAGACUUCCAACGGCAUCUUGAAACUCACCAGAACUUCACAAACAACCUUCAGAAGCAACUGACACCAACAGGUGACCCUCCCAACUUCGCUGCGGAGGAGUAUCGACGAGCUAGUUUACAAGAAAAAGAAGGAAGAGCAAAGGAAAUCAGGAAGUCCAUUGAAACGCAAAAAAACGUUGAGCAGAGAAACGCUAUUGGCUUUAAGAAUCAGCAAAAGGUCAAAGGUCAACAAAGAAAGGUCGAAGAGGUCAGGUUUUCUCAAGAUAGCCAGUUUGAGAGUCAAAGUUCAGAGGGAGUUAAAACAGACAUAUUUGGUUCUGGGAAGUUAAAUAGCCGGGAACUAAGCAAUCACGAAAAAGGGUCUAGAGACAUUUCAACGGAAAAGCAGAAUAGCAAAGAAACAAAAGUUGGAAAGAGAGAGAAGAUAAGAGAGCAAGUAAUUGAAGAGCAUAUUGAAGCGAGAAGAAAGAGCCAAGAUCGGAGAAUCGAAGUUAUCGAAAACACUAAUCAAAAAGAGGAAGCGACAGUUCAGAGAAGCCAGAGCCUUCCAAGAAGCACAAACAAGGAAGAAUAUCUAAACGAGAAGCAGCUCGAAUUCGAAGAAUUCAUUAGAAAUCAACGGAAUUCAUUGCUUAGUCAGUUGAAACAACGGGAGGAAAAUCGAUUGCAGUGGUUAGAAGAGAAGAAAGAGGUCAAAGUUCAGGAGAACAAGCAAAAGAUUCAAGAGGAAGAAAUACAGCUGAAAAGAGCAGACAACGAGAAUUCAGGGCGUCGUAUCGAAGAUUUUCUUAGAUUUCCAGAGGCAUCUAAAAAUAAAAGACGAUACAAGUCAACAAAUGACGCUGAUAGCAUAAAACAGGCAAAAGAAAUUCAUAGUCAGUCAGCUUUUGAAAGGGUAGCUGAAAAUUCAACGGUCAAAAGUCAUAGGUCAAGUGAGGUUAAAAGUCAAAAAUCAAAGGUCAGCGAAAGUUUUUUGUUACAAAACGAGCAGAAGGCAAAGGGCAUCGAAAAAGCUCCACCGAGUGAUACAGAAGAGAUUAUAAGGGUUUAUUCAAGGGGUAAAGUUAUCCAGUUGAGCAUGGAGACAGUUGAUAGGGACAGGUUUGAGCAGCGGCAGAGAGAGUAUGAAGAGAUCCAAAAGCGUAGAUCUUACCAACAGCAACAACAGAGAGUAAUUGAGGAUGAUAGAUACCGAUAUUUCAACAAUGAAUUUGAAAAGAGGAACGCCUUUUAUCACACACAACAGCAAUAUGACCCCAAUAGAAGCCCAGAAUACAACCAUUUCCAGAAUGACGCCCAUAUGAACGACAAUGUUUUCGAAGACUACCACGACACGAACACGACUCAAAUCACGAAGGUCAAGCGGGAUCAAAUCAAGGGAAAACUCGAUAAAGUCUAUUACACCAUUUGUACGCAUUACUUCUUCCCGGAAGACCACGAGCUGAUUGUCAACCUCCAUCGUCUGGGCCAAAUCGAGGUCCCACGCGGACUGAGUCACGAGGACACCUGCAUUUUCUACAACCACCUUUAUGUUUACGAGAAAGAAGAAGUGUUUGCCGAAACUCUCGCGCCGAUAACGCCGACUAUCAAAACAGAAGUCGUCAACUUUGAUGAGCAGGUCCCGGAUGAAGAAACAUUGUCAGAACAUUCGUCAGCAAAUCAGAGUUACAACGACGAAACAUCGUCACAAUAUUCCUCAUCGAGCCGACGCGACCGAAAUCUCUACUCGAGCCUUAAAGCGCAAAAGUAUUACGAUUCGCGGCGAAACAAUAGCAACGAGGAUUCGAUGGAUUUCGGCUUCGAUUCGACGUACGAAACGUUACGACGAAAACGCAAGAGCCGAUCCGACGAUGAUGACUGGAAUGGGAACCGAUCAGUCUCCCCGACAAGCUCAUCCGGAAAGUCCGACUUGACGUAUUCAAAACCGAGAUUGCUUCGGCGUUCGGAUCAUUUCCCGGGUGUCGGAAAAGAGAUCGAGGAUGACUAUCCAAGGUGGACCCCGAAAUCGCCAACAUUGCGGGAGCGCGAUUAUGGCCUAUCAGUGGCACUUCCACCUUAAUUUGCACGUUGUCACCUUCAGUCACAAGGAUGUGUUGGAAUAGAGAAAUUUCUGACUUCACAAAAAGCUACGAACAGAACUAUUUUAAGUGUGGGUUUUAUUUGAUCUAGCAUUAAUUUUUACACGAUUGGAGUGUCGUAUUUUGGUUUUAAGUUAUGUCUUCUUGUCGCCUGUCAGAUUUUCUAAUCCAUGAAUAACAGACAUUGUCACAAAAAGUAAGUAAAUCAAAAUAUCAAAUGCUGAUAGAGAAACUCCAGGCCUGGUUGACAACUUCAAUCUUUAUAGGCGGUGAAAAUGAAUUACACAGUCAAAAGGCCGAAGUCUUAUAUUGUGACGUGUUUAUUUCUAGAACUGUAAUUGGUCAAAAAAAACCUGUCAACCAACCAUAAAAAAGAAACAAAUUGAUAAUUUGAACAAAUAUUUGCGCUCGUUUAUUAAUCCAACAAAAUUUUUUCCUCUUUUUCAAUAAUUUCAACACAUUCUUGCCUCCCGUUCAAAAAUUCGAACUCCCAUUCAAUAAUUCAACUAAAUCUCCGUAUCCCAUUCGAUAAUUCGAACAAAUUUCCCUUCCCCUUUACAGCUCAAACAAUUGAUCAAUUAAUCACUCAAUAAAUUCCCUAUUUAUUCAAAAGAACUUUACUUCUCGAAAACGUUAGCUUCUAUCCAUGACCUUUCCUUUAGCACUCAUUCUUCUAAUUCCACUAAACCUGUGUACGUCUUUAUAUGAUUUUAAAAACAAUGCAUGUAAUUUUUCUAGAAACAUUUUGGUCUUGGGAGUACAGUGGAAUCUCGCUAUGACGAAUUGUAGGAACAGAAUGGUUCGUAAUAUUGGAAAUUCGAAAUAGCGAAAAGUUCGAGAUAGCGAAAAGUUCGCAAUAACGAGAUGCUCGCAAUAGGGAGAUUGCGUCGUAACACACAGGACUCUGUAUACAGAGAAGAUUCCAAGGAACCAGAUUUUUGGUUCGUUAUAGCGAAGUCCUUAAUACGAAGGGUUCGUAAUAGCGAGAUUUUACCGUAUAUAUUUACAAUACAGUCCGAUUUGUAAUGACACGUGGUAGUAGAAUCAUGUGAUUCGCAUGUGAUUGAAUGAUUUUGGUAACACUGAUAAUACUAAUUAGGUAGGUCUUAGACUAAUUGCAUUUGUAGAACGUACUUUUAUCGUAUGUGUCCGUGAUGUGUUUAGAAGUUAAAAUUUGCAAAACACCACAGUAAGCUUUGAAA